CACGGAUGAUAAGAUAACCCGGCGAUCGACAAUAAUUUUGGAACUCUGCUUCUCUUCCAUCGAGUACAAAAAUGGCAGCUGCCACCGCAAGUUCUCCUCUCAACCUCUUAGGUUUCAAUCGUAAACCUAUUUUCCAUUGCAAACUUUCCUCUCCGAGAUGCCGCCCGACAUUCUUAAUGCCGCCUGGAAGAGUUCCCUCAAACUCCAUUGCCAGAACUGGAAGAACCUUUUCCAACCCUCCCAGUUAUGUUUUAACCUGUCUAGUGAUCCCUCCGCCGCCUAAACGCCAAAAACCCAAGGCGAUUAUCCAAUUUAUCGGCGGAGCUUUCAUCGGGGCCGUCCCCGAGGUCACUUACAGUUAUUUGCUGGAGAUGCUGGCAAUGGAAGGGUAUUUAGUCAUUUGCGUACCUUACAACGUGACGUUCGACCAUGCGGAAAUCACUAGGCGAGUGUCUGAGAGGUUCAGUUCUUGUUUGGAUUCGAUUUUGGGCUCUGGGUUGCCGGAUUUAGGGCUUUCUGCUCUUGAGGUUUCAGAUUUGCCUCUUUAUUCUGUAGGACACAGCAAUGGAGCUCUUCUUCAAACUCUCACCGGGAGUUAUUUCUCAGAGAGAAUACCAAAGGCUAAUGUAAUAAUAUCAUACAACAACCGGCCAGCAUCAGAGGCAGUGCCAUACUUUAAGCAGUUGGGGCUUGUUGUCAGUCAGAUGCUGCCAGUUGCAGCAACAUUUCCGGUUAAUUCAGUUGUUGAGGUUGCCUCAGGAAAUGCAUGGAAGCUCCUGCUUGAUACAGCUGAAACGGUGGUACCAAACUAUGACCUGAAAGCAUUUGGUUCAUUCAUGACUAGAUUUACUGAUCAAUUGCCUUUGAUAAUUAAUGAGCUUGCUGAAGGGAUAUCAGAAUUCAAGCCAACGCCACCUGAGAAUCUAGAGAGCAUAAGAGAACUAUAUAAUGUUCAGUCCACUCUACUGGUUAAGUUUGACUCUGAUACAAUAGACGAGACGGAUCAACUUGAAGAGACAUUGAAACCUCGCAUUGAAACUUUUGGUGGAAAAUUAGAGAAGGCUGUCUUAAGUGGUAACCACAUUACACCCUGCCUUCAGGAACUGAGGUGGGAAGUUGGGAACGUCUAUACCCCAGCAGAUGCUUUAGGGCAAGUACUAAAGAAUGUGUCAGUUAAUGACACCAGAAGGCUUGCUACAACCAUCACCAACUGGCUUGAUCUUCUCUCUCACUAAGUACAGUGUGUUGAGGUGUGGGGUUGCUGAGGGGAAGGGAUUGCUGAGAAUUCACACAUUUCAGGUUCCCGCUUCAUUAUAGCCGCUGUCCAAUCAGAGGAGGUGAGGAGUGAUGAUGAUUGAAAAGCAGUGUUGUUGCUAGAAGUGUUGCUGCUGCUGCUGCUGGCAUCAUCAUCAAACAAAGAAGAGUCUGUAGUAACGCUUCUGCUAGCGGAGCUUUCAUUGCCAUCAUCACAGGAUUGACUUUGCUUGAUGCACCUCUCAAGUCCAUCAUAUGUUGUAACUGAUGAAACCACCCAUACCAUUUAGAAAGGCAUCAUUUGUAUCUUAAAUGUUUCAGUGUUUUAACUGGCAACAUUGCUUACUUGGUCCCGUUCUUUAGCACCAAUGAUUCCGUAAGUCACAAAGUUUUA